AUGCUCCAGACGCUACCGCCUGAAGUGGUGCGCCACCUCACCAGCGCUCCCGUGGUAACAAGUCUAGCCAGUGUUACCAAGGAACUGGUUGAAAAUGCACUGGAUGCAGAGGCAACCCAAAUCAGUGUCUUUCUCUCUGGAUAUGGCCUGGAGUUCAUCGAAGUAAGCGACGAUGGCUGCGGAAUCGCCAAACAGGACCUUGAGCAGCUCGCGCAACUCCACACAACCUCAAAGCUUCGAGCUUUCGCGGAACUAUCGAGCAUAUCUACGUACGGGUUUCGCGGCCAGGCUCUAGCAUCACUGGCUAUGACGGGUCGACUGGAGAUUUCAUCACGACCGCGAGAUCGGGACGCCUCGGCGGUACCUGGCGUCGCUUUUCGUGCUAGGUACCAGGCUGGUAGGCGCAUCUCUGACCUGGAGCCCGAGGCGCGUCCCUAUGGUACGACGGUGCGCGUAUAUGAACUCUUUGCAUCCAUGCCCGUUCGUAGACGGGAGGCAGAGUCUCAGAAAAAACGAGAACUUCAAAAGGCAAUUCAAAUCCUGCAGACGUAUGCGUUAGCGGCGCCCACGGUGCGCUUUUCGGUUCAGUGGACGCCGAAAGGUCGCGAACGUCCAACGCUCUGCCUAGCCACACAGGGCAAAUGCACGCUCCGUUCGUGCUUCAGCCUGUUGUACGGUGCGGAACAGCUCACGAAGCUGGUGGACCUCGCGGUAAUUGUAAAGUGGCCCACACCGCUGCCCGGUGCCUGCACAGAACCUGAACUCCACAUGCGGGGCCUCCUGAGCCGAUGUUACCCAGCAGCAGGGCGCUCUGCCCCAGAUCGACAGAUGUUGCUACUGCAGGCAAAGCGGCCGGUGCAGUGGACCAGAAUGCGCCGAAUGUUGGACUCGGAGUUUCGCCAACGAACGUGCACUUCGCUCUACCCUGUUUACGUGUUGGCCAUCGACCUGCCACCAGAUACCUUCGACGUCAAUGCGAGUCCCGACAAAACCGAGGUCCUCAUUCACGACGAUGCAGCGGUGGUUGCCUCGGUUCGGGAGGCAUUGCGUACAUCAUGGACACAGGUGGCUGACGUCCGCACCAGGGCCCCAUUCUCGGUGCAGACUGGAAAGUGCGCCGAUGCGCGAGCGAAAGCCCCCGACGAUCAUCUGCGAGCUGCUCAACUAGCGAAUCAGCUGGAAUGGUCUGUCACCACAGAACAGAAGCGAGACACUAGUCAGAGGCUUGUCACAGAUGCGAGACCCGCAUGCGUCAAGGAAAGUGCUACAUCGACGCUCGCUGCGUCGGAAACGACGCUGUCGUCGUCAGGGAUGAGCGCGGGAGUUUGCGUCGCCUCGAGAGCUGAAGUAGAGGCUGCGUCCUUCAUCGUCGACCAUGUGAAGCCGCACACAACCGAACAGCCAUUCCGUGAAUCCCUGCAAGCAUCCUCGGCGGCGGUUGCGGCGACGACGGGAGCCCAUGAACAAUGGGAAACAGCUGAGCCACUUGCUCAGCGAUGGACGCAUCACAACGCUGAGGCUGCCUCUAGCGGAACGGAGUCCUCGGGCACGAUUCAUAGAAGCGCGGAUACGAUCCUGAGUGGUGUGAGCGGUGUCAACAGCCACGAGCACGAUCGUGUAGUCGCUCGCGCGUCUGGUGCGUCCAUGGAGCGCUGGCUCGCAGUCCACGUCGUAAUCGAUCCUUUCCAGUGGACGUCAUCUGCGAAUAUCUCUCGCAGCUCAGGUUGCGCCCGCGAUGCCGACUUGCCGCAUGUGGAGCCUAUCAUUCGUGCCCGUGUUGGUGAGCGUUUGCAAUUGGCGUGCCUCUUGGAAGCCAGUACUCCGAAUACGACGGAGGAUUGCGUCACAGAAUCAAGCACUGAGGCAGACCGGGAACUAGAACAGCGAUUUCACAAGCAUUGGUUCGAAGAGAUGCGUAUCAUCGGUCAGUUCAACUGCGGUUUCAUCCUCGCAACCUAUGGUUCCGACCUUUUCAUCAUCGAUCAGCACGCGGCUGACGAAAAGUACAUCUAUGAGUCAUUGGCGAGGGCAUUGCGUCCGCGUACACAGAGCAUGCUCCAGCCACUUUCGAUACCCGCUUCGGCCUCGGAAGAGCUCACGCUCUGGGAACAGCGCGAAAACCUGGCAGCGCUUGGGUUCGAGCUCGAGUUUCGGUGGAGUGCGCCUCCCACGGAGCGUGUCUGGAUGUUGGGAGCUCCCACGGUAUGUCAGACGGUGCUGGAAGCAACCGACUUGCUAGAGAUUGCGCAUCAAGCACCGCUCACUGGUCGGGUUGCCGACCUGCUGCGUGCCAGUCGAGUGAAGUUGCUGCUUGCGACUCGCGCUUGUCGUCGAGCAGUGAUGAUCGGGAUGCCGCUGGAUCGUACCCACAUGCAGAGUAUUGUUGCUCGUUUGGCGACGCUGGAGCAGCCGUGGAACUGCCCACACGGACGACCGACAAUGCGUCAUUUAGUACGGGUCUCCGAAAUCGGGUUCCGCAGGGCGGUCACCUGA